GGCUGAAUGUCUGCAGGACAUGCUUAACGUUUGUCUAUCCAUGUUCUUCUACUAACAACCAGCAGGGUUGGCACAUAGAUGCACAGAGACUGGCAUAUUGCUCCACUCAGGAGCUCUCUAUGACAGAAAUUCAGAAGGCAGAGCAGCAGAUUGUUUACAGUUGCAUGAGAGUUACAUGUUGAGCAGUUUACGUGUUGUUGCAUUUAGCUUUAGAGACGCAGUUUCUGUUUGAGGGCAAUUUUGUGUCAUUUGGUCUGUGUUUUUUGGUUUGAAACACGGUCUUUAUUGUGGAGAAAUAGCUUCUCCUUUUGUCAAUUAGUUUUUCUGUUGACUUUUCAUCCCUCCAUUGCUUAGAGGUUGCCUUUUUGAUCUUUUGCCACCAUGUGGGAGUUCAGGUCCAUGUCUUUUUGGCGGGCGGUGUUCGCUGAGUUCUAUGGCACCAUGUUCUUUGUAUUCUUUGGGCUGGGGGCAGCCCUCCGCUGGACCACUGGGCCCCAUAAUGUCCUCCAUGUGGCCUUCUGCUUUGGGCUGGCGGCUGCCACCCUCAUCCAGUCCAUCGGCCACAUCAGUGGAGGACACAUCAACCCAGCUGUUACCUUUGCCUACCUGAUUGGCUCCCAGAUGUCGCUGUUCCGUGCCUUCUUCUACAUCGUGGCCCAGUGUCUCGGAGCACUUGCUGGUGCUGCCGUGCUCUACGGUGUCACACCCAACAACAUGAGGGGAAAUCUAGCACUCAACACGCUGCAGCCAGGUAUUAGCCUGGGCAUGGCCACCACCAUGGAGGUCUUCCUCACCCUGCAGCUUGUCGUCUGCAUCUUUGCUGUGACGGAUGAAAGGCGCAAUGGACGCCUGGGCUCUGCUGCCCUGGCCAUUGGCUUCUCAGUGCUCAUGGGACAUCUUCUUGGGAUGUACUACACUGGAGCAGGAAUGAACCCAGCAAGGUCCUUCGCUCCUGCUGUCCUGGUCAGGAAUUUUGUCAACCACUGGGUGUACUGGGUGGGACCCAUGAUUGGUGGUGCCAUGGGGGCUCUGCUGUAUGACUUUAUGCUGUUCCCCCGUAUGCGUGGUCUCUCCGAGAGGCUCGCCACACUCAAGGGCACCCGGCCCCCAGAGGCUGAGGGCCAGCAGGAGACCAGGGGAGAGCCCAUCGAGCUCAAGACACAGGCCCUAUAAGCCUGGAGAAGAAGAUUGGCUUUCUGACCCCCAUUCCUCACCCCUCACCCCUCAAUCUGGACCCUCAGUUCCUGGUCCAUCCUCAGCCCACAAAGCAUUUCUGCACACAUACCUCCUCCACGCCUCCACACAUGCUAACACAGAUCCCAAACACUUUUGUUAUCCUUGUUCUGCAUCCACAACUGGACCUACUGAAUUACAGUGAAGGGGCAACCACAGCCCUGACCAUCUCGUCUGAUUUCACCUCUACCCAUCCUUCCUCCUCCUCCUCCUCCUCCUCCUCCUCCCCCUUGGACUGCAGGACAAAGAUGGAGGGUUAGAAGAAGACUUGCCACUGAAGGAAGCACCCUGUGCCCUGUGGUGUGGGGAGUCAGUCACUCCUGGCUGACCAGGUGGCUAUAACUGCUCAGGACAGGGGCCUCUCUCUCUCUCUCUCUCUCUCUCUCUCUCUCUCUCUCUCUCUCUCUCUCUCUCUCUCUCUCUCUUUCUUUCCCUUUCUCUCUCUUUCUGUUUUUCUCCCUAUUUUGUAGUCUGCUAGGAGUGAAGCUACAGUAGAGCAGUGGACUUCUGCAUGCUUUUCCAUUUUGAUCCAGUGUGAUCUCGCCCUUUGUUUUGUUUUGUUUAAUGAACUUUGGGUAAAUUACAUGUACGUAUUGUACUUUACCAGUAUUUAUUUGGCUCAUAUUCUUUUUUUUCAGUUGUAUGUGUGUGUGUUUGUGUGUGAGACAGAGAGUGAGUGUGCAUGCAUGUCUCUGUGCAUGUGUAUGCGUGUGUGCUUGUUUUAAUUGAUCAUUUUUAUUUUUCAUUGCCACAAUCCUUUGUCUGUAUCAUGACUUCCUUCUUUUUUUUUCAUACAAGCAUUUAGAGAAAGAUGCAGCCUUUUCCACGCCCUCACUGAUACUGAAAAAGUUCUGGAAAACAUUUGCAAUACAGAUUCCACGUUUAGAGCGAUCCCCUUUUUAUAUCCAACAAAAAUAACAUGCCUUUGAGUCAAAGCCAAAUUCAUUCAGUUUAGAGUUUGUGUCUCAGCUAGUGAAGCACACACAUUCAUAUUUAUAUUAAAAUAAACACAAAACACAAAA